UUCAAACGCUCCAUAAAUCAAACGCUUAAAGCAGAUUAUCAAAUUUUUCCUUUCUUAGUUUACUCCGAAUAAAUUUCUUUUGAGCCAUGGGAGAUCGCGUAAAGCGACCGGUUAUACUGCUUAAGGUCCCAUCCUCCAGUGACUUUUAUGGUUCAGCUUUGCGCAGUCAUAAUCUGGAUCCUAUAUUCAUUGCUCCAACGCAUUUUGUGUUCAAGAAUCUGAAGCAAUUACAGGCGAAACUGCUGGAACCCCACAAGUAUGCUGGGAUUAUCUUUGCAACACCUCGAUGUGUCCAGGCUGUUAGCGAGGCUCUCGAAAAGGCGCCCCUUCCAAGUUGCUGGCGUGCCUUGCACAAUUAUUCUCUGGGAAAGAACACCCACAGCUCGGCUUGGUUUACAUUGCAGAAUCUAAUAACUCUGGGCGAUCACGCUGUAAAUGCAAAUAAUCUGUGCGAUCUGAUCGUUGAGACUUUUGGACCCAAGAGAGAUCUGCCUUUACUAAUGCCCUGUGGCAAUGGCGUUGGGCAGACACUGCGUCUCCGUUUGGUUGCCCAAGGAUUUCGAGUGGAUGCCUGCGAGGUGUACGAGAGUCAGUCGCACCCGGAGUUUAUUAAUCAGAUGCGACAUGCCCUCAAGUUCAAGCGAUUGGAGACGAUUGUGUUCUUCGGACCCUCUAGUGUCCGUAGUUCCUUGGAGUUCUUUGGGAAGUACAACGUUUCGCUGAAGGAUCGAAAGUUGAUUGCCGUGGGCAGUGGCACCAAGAAGAUAAUGGAGCAAUCCGGGUUAGAAGCGGACGCCGAAGUGGAUUCAGCUGACGUGGAUCAUCUGAUAAAGAUCAUCAAAACUUAGUUUAUGCGCCCGCGCAUUGUUUUUACGUGUUUUUAUUUUUGGUAUCCUUUCAAAAUCUGUUUAGUGUUUCCCUGAAGCGAGGGCAAAGAUGUUACCUAUUAAAAACUGAUACUUCGUUUCGGUAAAUAAUAAAAUGAUUGACUUUUAAUUCAACAUUUUUAGGUGGUUAUAAGGAUUUAGUUUAAUAGUUUAACAAUUUUAUAGAUUAACAAUUAAAAAUUAAUGGAAGAUAAUAAAGAAGAAAUCAUAUUCUUGACAAUAUCUUGCAAAAUCCUGGCAAGUUACUAAAGAAAUCUACAAAUAUACAUGAAAUGUGAUUUAGAAAAUUCUUAAUUCAUUUUUAAAAAUGAACUUAGUAUUCUGUUUUGUAGUAUUAUUAGAAAGUUAUACUUGGCUAAUU